AUGUUCCAUUUUGUGUCUCUCUUUUUCAUUCUUGCUGGCCUGAAACUGCACGCCACUCCAGCGGAAGCGGAGCGCCUGAAGCGCCUGUACCCGGAGAACGAGCGCUUCAUCGCCAACAUCCCAUCCCGCUACUACGAGGUCAUCUACCCUGUCCAGGUGAGGCAGCACCAGAAGUUGGGUGUGCUGACCCGGGACGCCGCCGCCAACAAGACCGGGAAACACUAUCACUCUACAUCUUUGCUCGUCAAAGCUUUCAACUACAAGUUCAGACUUGACCUCGAACUAAACACACACUUACUGGCACCAAACCUAAUACAAAAGCACUUCUUGCCCGAGGGAGCACAACAGAUUUCUACGCAGGAAAUCGAACAGUGCUAUUAUCAUGGCACGAUCAAAGAAUACCCAGGGGGAAUAGCAGCUCUACGUACCUGUAAUGGGGUUAGCGGAGUAAUUCAUGUGGGAAAUGAAACUUUCGUAAUUCAUCCGUUUUAUGGAGGUGACUUAUCGAGGAAGCAUCCCCACGUACUUUUCCGUUUUUUUCCGGAAAACAAAGGAAAACAUACAUGCGGUAACACUGGGAUGCAUGAGUGGGGAUUCAAGCAAUUCAGAAUUCGACCACCCACAAGAAUUAAGAGAGAUGUCCGACAAGUGUACAAAUUUAUCGAACUGGCUUUAGUGAUAGACCAAGCUAUGUUUGAAAACAGAAACUCUACAAGAGCCGAAGUAGUGAGCGACGCCAUACAAAUACUAAAUUGUGUCGAUAUGUAUUUCAGAACAGUAAACACACGAGUAUCCGUCGUUUACGUUGAAACGUGGGCUCACGGUGACCAAAUUGAAGUGACAGCAGACGUUCGGCAGACACUUUUGAAUCUCCUCGAUUACACAUCGAGAAAACUGUACAAAGUAGCCAAAGAUGCGACGCAUCUUAUUACCGGAAAACAUUUCCGGGGCAGUGAAGUAGGAAUGGCUGUUCCUGAUAGUAUUUGCACAGCUAAAGCGGUUGGAAUAAGCGAAGAUACAAAUAUAUAUGAACCACAAUUGGUUGCCAGCACGAUAACGCAUAUGUUGGGACAUAAUUUAGGAAUGGGUCAUGACCACAGCGAUGGAACUGGACAAGAGGAUUGCAAGUGCCAAGAUUGGUGGAGUUGCAUAAUGUCUCAAAACAUACUAGGAGAAAGCAAGAUACAGCCAUAUCAUUUUUCAACGUGCAGUCUUCAAGACUACAUCCGUGCUCUACGGGUCGGGCAUGGUAUUUGCCUUUUCAACAAGCCAAACCAGCUUGAAGACUUCAGAACUUGUGGGAACGGAGUAAUUGAAGAUGGCGAACAGUGUGAUUGUGGAAGCAUAGAGGAGUGUCUCCAGAGCGAUCCGUGCUGUGAUCCAAUCACUUGCAAGCUCCGCGUGGAAGCUGAAUGCUCAACGGGACCCUGCUGUGAGAAUUGCAAGUUGAGGCCUUCGGGUCACUUGUGCCGUCCUGCUUUGACAGAAUGUGAUAUUCCUGAGUUUUGCGACGGAAGGUCUGGACAGUGUCCCUCGGAUCUUUACAAAAAGAACUCUAGUCCUUGCAACAAAGGUGAGGGUUUUUGUUACCAUGGAGAUUGCCCCACUCCAGACAGUCAAUGUGAAUACCUUUGGGGAUACGGUGCCGUCGCUUCCGAGAAGGAAUGUUUUGUCCGUUUCAAUACGCAGGGAACUCUAAAUGGUAACUGCGGGACUGACGGUAUGGGAGGAUACGUCAAAUGCGCAGACGAGAAUGUCCGAUGUGGUUCUAUGCAAUGUCAAAGAGGAUCUCGGACACCCCUGGUGCCUGGUAUGGACAAACAAUACUCGAGGACAAUAGUGUACCUUGGUGGAGCUGAGUACGAAUGCAAGGUAAGCGGAGGUGCUCUAAGUGUUCCCGAUAUUCCAGACUUAGGUAUGGUACGAGAUGGGACAAAAUGCGCAGAAGAAAAGAUUUGUGUAAACCAGACAUGCGUCAGCGUCAAUCAAUUUAUCGAACCCGGUAACUGUCCAACUUCAAACAUGGCUUACAUCUGUUCAGGACAUGGGGUGUGCUCCAAUCUGAAUACGUGUUACUGCGAUCGUGGCUGGACUUCAUACGAUUGCAGCCAGCGGGCAGAUGAGAGGGCACAUCCAGAGGGAUUCGGUCCCAUCCCCAGCCUUUUCACCACCCCCGAAGCUGCCGUACAGACCGUCGUCGCUGACUGGAAGAACAAAACAAUCCGGAGUUCCUUCGUUGUAACCAAGGGUUCAGGACUCGGUGCAACAUCACUGGUCAUAGUUUUGGUUACAAUUGUAGGAGGUGUAUUUAUAUUUUUUGCUCUCCUAGCCACGUGUUACAGACGCAGCGGAAUUUUGCCAAAAGGCGCCUCUGAUUACUUGAAGAAGCGCUUCGGGAAAAAACUGCACAUGCCUCAGAAAAAACUUGAUGGCUCUCAGGAGAAUGUGAACCGCAUCAUCACCUUCGGCAGUAUGCCGUCUUACAGGGAGGACAAAUUGCAGGAGAUGCAGCGGCGAAAGCAAGACACGCCUCCCAAGUUGCCCAUAGAAAGCUGCCCCCCAGCACGACCGCCGCCCCCGAAUGAAGUGUCCACCUUCAUCGAGCUGUCGCCGGACAAUCUGACCCCUCGUGCACCAGAGAAAGGUAUUCUGAAGCAUGGUGGUCGACAAGGCAGUUGGGAAGAUGGCGACGGGGAAGACAGCAACCAGAACGAUUCGUCCAGCGACGUGGAGAGGACCCUGAAGAACAUCAACGGGUACCACGAGGAGAUCCUCGAAGCACUGCACUCGGCUUCCCAGAGGAUGGGAGACAGCAAGCGCAGUCCGUCUCAGGAGAGUCACAAGAGUGUCACCGACAUGAACUAUUCCACGCUGGGUAGUGUCAAAGGGGAGCAGGAGGACAUGGACGAUCCUCUCCCCGUCCCGAUACGAAUUCGCAACCUGGAGGAUUUGCUCCGUCAGCUGGAGCACCAUCCUCUUCAGCACAUGUCCCCGGCCUGUUCGGACGAGAUCCGGCUCAGCGAGCCCGAGGCGGACAGGCACUACUUGCUCGGCAGGCAAGACCGAUCCGGCAGUGAGGGCAAGGUGGAUCCGGGACUUCAGUACUUGCUCGGUCGGCUUCAGGCAAGUGGCGCCUCCUCCGCGGGCAAGAGGGUCGCUGGCCACUACUCCCUGGAAGAAGACGACGACGACCACAGCGGAGAUCAAAGCGGGGACGACGAAGGAAGCACUUAUUCGUCUCAUCAACUAGUCCGAAGUGCCAGCGAAGAAGCUCUGCCAGUUACGAAUAAAAAAGACUACUAUUCCUCAUAUGCUAGAAAAUCAAAAGGAAGAAGGAUGCCGGAACCAUGCGACUUCGCGCCAAGCCCACCUCCUUCGGAGGACUCUUACGCCAACUCGUCUGAAGAGAACGCCUUUCUGCCGCCCCCAGCUCCACCCACUCUAAGGGGUGCCCGAACGGCCAAAGUGGAACCCGAGUGCUUAGGUCCACCGUCUGCCAUGUCGACGGGUUCCCUGCCUUCGGGAGUUAAAAGAAAAACAAAGAAAAAGUUUCCGGAAUAUAAGAUGUCAUCUCUACGAACCCAGCGAUGGUAACUGCCCACAAGACCAGCCCAGAUAUCCUCUGCCACACAUCACCGAAGGCCCAGAGGGCGUGUGCUAAUUUCAGAAGAAGCGGUGGUGAGGUCUCACUUUGUCGAGGCGACAAUAAAAUGACUAGUAGCAUAAGAGACGUCGAAAAGAAUGGACUUUAUCAUGGUGCAAUUUUAUGAAGGCGGAAAAACGAUACCCAUUCACCGAGCCAAAAGACAAUUUGCAACAGUCAUUGAUAUAAGACCGGCAUGAGUGAAUUACGCACGAUCAUACUUGUUAGAGGUUUUUUUUUUAAUGGACAGUUAUUCAGAUAAGUAAACAUCUUACACUGUUUGCUUGUCACAUGUUGUUCCAUUUUUGUUAACUUAAAGAAAUGUCUUGCAAAAUAGGUAUUUUUAUAUCUACUUAGCAGUGAAAACUUGAACAUUAACAUAAGUCACCCAUUCGACCGUAGCACUUGCCGGACUAAUAUCGACGUAACAUAAACAAGGUUGAUAUCUUUAAAAAGAACAUUUUACAAGUAUGGAUGUCAUAAUAUUCCAAAUCAUUUUAAAGUUUAAAUCAAUUUCCAAAUUCGUUUGAACACUUAUUUCAAAUUUGACCAAUUUCCGUAGCACGUUGAGUUUAUGUAACCAAGAAAUCGAAACUUAGCAUAUAUA